AUGUCGGGGUUUCGCUAUCACCCAGAGAUUCUAGAGGGGAUACCAGCCCACCAGAUAGAGUAUCUAAAACAAUACGAAGACUGGUUCAUCAUCGAGCCGGAAGGCCUGAAGCGGAUCACAGAACAUUUUGUAACGGAAUUGGAAAAGGGACUCACAAAGGAGGGGGGUAAUAUCCCCAUGGACGUCACCUGGGUGAUGGGUUACCCCUCCGGCCAUGAAACAGGAGACGUUUUGACGAUCGAUAUGGGCGGAACCAACUUGCGUGUAUGCCAGGUCUGCUUGUCAAACCGCAAGAGAGAAUUUGAACAGAUCCAGCGGGGAUUAAAAUUCCCAGAUGAAGUCAAGACAGGCACGGGAGAGCAGUUGUGGGAUUUCAUAGCUGGAUGUCUGGAGCUAUUCCUAGCGGAAUAUAAUAUAGCGCUGAUCAACGAUACCACGGGGACCCUGAUCGCAUCCCACUACCGGGAUCCUCAAGUCAAAGUUGGGAGUAUCAUCAGUACUGGCGUCAAUGCCGCCUAUAUGGAGGAAUGCAAGUUCAUCCCGAAGAUCGCAGGCGAUAAACUACCAGCGAAUUCCAAGGUCAUCAUCAACGCCGAAUACGGUUCCUUCGAUAAUGAUCGGGAAGUCCUACCCUUGACCUCGUUCGAUCAGCAGAUCGACAGGGAAUCGGCACGACCGGGGACUCAGAUCUAUGAGAAGAUGGUCUCGGGGCAGUAUAUGGGAGAGAUGCUUCGUCUGAUUCUCAUCAAUUUGCACGAGCAGGGCAGGCUCUUCAAGGGCCUGGAUGCCACACGACUUCGACAUGAGAAUUCUAUCGAGACGUCCUUUCUGUCCGUUACCGAGUUGGACCUUUCAGAGAACUUGGAUGACAUACGAGAAGAAUUUGAGGAGAGUCUGAGCCUGUCGCCCGAGCUCGAUAAUCUCAAGGUAUGUCGGUAUCUGAUCGGUCUCGUUGCUACGCGGGCGGCGCGUCUAUACGCGUGUGAUAUAGCUGCUAUCUGCAAGAAGAAGAAUAUAAAAAAGUGUCAUGUUGGUGUGGAUGGUUCUGUGUUCAACAAGUAUAGUGGGUUCAAGGGACGAGCAGCACAGGGACUUCGCAAUAUCUUUGACUGGCCGCCUACCGAGCUAGAAUUGAUUGCACUCAAUGCGUCUGAGGAUGCCUCUGGAGUUGGAGCAGCACUGGCAGCGGCACUGAUUCUUGAAGGCGAGCAAAAGGCUAAACUGUUGUAA